CCUUGCCUCUCUUGAACUGAGCAAACUGUAUGCAGUUGGUUCAACUAACAUAACUAACUCCAACUGAAAAAUAACUGAAUUAGUUAACAUGUGUAACUACUUAAUAAAUCUAACUAACAUAACUUAAGUCUAUGCAUUGCAUAUAAAUAUUCUCACACUUCCUAUUCCUUAUCAUCUUCUACACUCAAUCUUUCUAAUCUCUUUCCCUCCCUAAUUAACAAUGUCACAAGCAAGCCUUCUCCUCCAAAAGCAACUCAAAGAUCUGUGUAAAGCUCCUCUAGAUGGCUUCUCAGCAGGUUUGAUUGAUGAGAGCAAUGUGUUUGAAUGGAAUGUCACCAUCAUUGGUCCACCUUAUUCUCUCUAUGAUGGAGGUUUUUUCAAUGCAAUCAUGAGUUUUCCUCCUGAUUACCCUCAGAAUCCACCAAAAAUGAAGUUUACUUCAGAGAUUUGGCAUCCUAAUGUUUACUCUGAUGGAACUGUCUGCAUUUCAAUUCUUCACCCACCUGGUGAUGAUCCAAUUGGUUACGAAGAUUCUGGCGAGCGCUGGUUGCCUAUUCAUACGGUUGAAAGCAUAGUUUUGAGUAUAAUAUCAAUGCUUUCAAGCCCUAAUAUUGAGUCUCCUGCAAACAUAGACGCUGCGAUAGAAUGGAGAGAUAAGAGAGAUGAAUUCAGAAAGAAAGUGACUCGCUGUGUAAGAAAGUCUCAAGAAAUGUAAUGAAUUGCAAGAAGAGUUUUGAAUUUCCUAUUUGUUACAGUUGUAGUAAUAUACUUCAAAAUGUUGUUGAACUUCUUUAAGUUUGAUGGUUUAACUUUAAAUAAUUAGUUGAUUAGUUCAAUGGCAUUCAAUUUUACAUGUUUACUACUAUUUUAUGUCAUCAUGUUGUUGAGCCUUGUGUUAAACAUGUUACUCAAAUUUAUGUUGAUAAGAAGAUAUAAAAAUCUUACACUCUAAGUAA